GUCCCACACACGACAGCAGUCGUUCGACAUAGAUAGAAAGAUAGAUCGAUAUAGAUAGAAAGAUAGAUAGAUAGUGGGUGGCACAAAGUGUAAAGGUCGUAAAUAGCGCUAUAAGCGAGGAAGAUAACUAGAAACAUAUUUGCGUUUCUAAUAAGUCGAGGAAGUAAACUGUAAAUACGGAGACGUACUUGCAUAGCAAGUGAUUUGAUCUGAGAUCGUGUGCUGAAACGAAAACAAUUGCAGCGUGGAAGGUGUUUGUAAGCCAUUUAAGAAACACACAAAAGCCGUUCGAUUCACUUCAACAUUUAAGUUUAAUUUGUCAAAAUAUUUUCGUCGCUAAAAUCCGCGACCUGUUCACUGACAAAGUCCGUGCUGCAUCUCUGUAAAUAUUUCCCGCAAAAUCUUACGUAUUUGAAUCACUAUGGCAGAAGGUACUUCUGUUAACGAUGUUGCAUCAAGCAUGUCUAAAAAGCGGCAAGGUUACCUUGGAUGGGAUGAUUACUUCAUGUCAGUGGCUUUCCUCUCUGCUAAACGUAGCAAAGACCCAAGAACUCAGGUAGGAGCUUGUAUUGUUAAUGAAGAUCGACGUAUUGUUGGCACCGGAUAUAACGGUAUGCCUCGAGGUUGUAGUGACGAUGUUUUUCCUUGGUGCAAUGAAGGUCCCACUGAGCUACAGAAGAAAAGUCUCUACGUAUGUCAUGCUGAGCUUAAUGCUAUUCUCAAUAAGAACUCUGCAGACGUUCGCAAUUGCACUAUGUAUGUCGGUUUGUUUCCUUGCAAUGAAUGUGCUAAAGUCAUUAUACAGUCUGGAAUUAAAAAAGUAAUAUUCUAUUCGGAUAAAUAUAAGGACCGAACUACCUCUCAAGCUUCUCGAAAAAUGUUUAAAGAUGCUGAAAUAGACUGUGACCAGUAUCAACCUACAGACGAACAAAUUGUUAUAGAUUUUACUUCAAUAGAAGAAAAGAAAAACCGGAUUAUAAGUUCAGACAGACAAAAUGUUACAGGUUUUACUUCAUUAGAUAAAAAGAAAGACCGGAUUAAAAGUUCAGAUUCACACCUUUUUUCUGAACUUUCAUUUUAAUCAGAUGCGAACAUAAACACUUGGAAUUCAUUAUAUUGCCACCAUUGCCUUUUCAUAAUGAUAUCCUGUUAUAUUUUCUAGCUAAAAUAUUAACUGUUGUAUUUUUAACGAACAUUUUUAUUCCAUUUUGUUUUCGUUUGUGUGUACAUAACAUUUUAACUUCCUCUUUCUAAGAAAGUGAAACUAUCCACAUUUGCUCCAAUACGCAGUAGCGUAGCUGGGGGGUGUGUGUGCAUUUUGGGCCGCACUUUUAAAGAGGCUAAUGUGUGUGUGUCUG